AACCGCAUGUGGCCACAGGAGCUUUGGGGAUACAACCAACACUCCAGAAGGCAGAAGGGAAUACCUUCUUGCAUUACAUAUAGGCAUGUCUGAAAAACGCAAGGCCCCUUCCACAGAAUCGAGCAGUUCUCCCUACGCUAAAAGGGCCCGUCCUACCGACCCGAACGAUGAUUCCUCGCCCGCAACCCCAAUAACUCCAACCACGACACGUCCCCAACCCAGGAAUGACCCCGUCUACGGGCAGAAGCACGCAUUUCCGGGACUAGACGAUCCUGUAGAUGAGGAUCAAUUAUUCUAUGGGCCUGCGGAGGAUGGUAUCGAGUAUCUGCGUAUGGUCCGAUCUGAAGCACGAACAUUGCCAGCGAUAUUUGUCUCCAGAACUGUCCUUCAACAAAGGGACAACACAAGAGUCCCUGUCACUGACGCCAGAGACCAAAUCAAUGACUAUGGUGCUGUCCUCGACGUAGAAGCAAACACCGGCCACACCGGCUUUUACUCCGACGGAGUCUACGUCGCGUAUUCCUCCACUCCAAAACACCUUCAAACCAGCGCAGCAUCCCACACAAGCUCCUCCGAUCCACAAGAAAUAUAUUACAGCCUACUUCACCACCGCUUCCUCCUCCUCCGCUCAACCCUAAAAUGCACACCACCAGCCUCCGUGAUCGCUUCUUUAGGCCCGCAACGGCCCAUCACUUUCCCCCGGUCCAACAAGCGCGCUAGGGCGGAAUGGGAGCAAAUUAUACAGACGAUGGAUCCGCGCAUGGCGCAGUUGGCGUGCAUGGAUAUGGAGAGUGUUCUCAGGCUUCUUGCCAUUGUGACACGCUUGUUAUCUAAGACAGUUAGGGGCGGCGAAAGCGCACAGGUGAAGAGGCUCGGUGCGUGGGCAUGGGGUCUUUUGGGCCGCUGUAGAGCUGUGGGGGAGAUGGGGAGCGAGGAGGUCGGGGAUAUUAGGGAGCUGGGGAAGAGGGCUGCUAGGAUUUUGGUGAAGGUUCGGGAGAGUGAAGCGGUAUACGUUCAGGGUAUGGAGGGUGGGGAGGGAGGAGAAGGGGAAGAAGAAGAAGCUGAAGAAACUGAAGGAGAGCAAGAGGAGCCGGGAUAUGGUGCCAGGGAAAACAUUAAUGAGAAUGGGGAUGUGGAUGCGGGUGAGAACCAAGUGGAUGAAUUGAAUAUUACGGACGAUGUUGUUAGUACUAGUGGGGCCAACACGGAACAUAUAACAGCACACGGAGAAGCAGAUGGAGAAAUUAUACCACCCACUAACGGCGUGCAUGCCCAGGACGAGCUCGAAGCAGCCAAAGCGCGCCUCCAGGCAAGACUACACCAGCAACAAGACGGGGAUACGUUGGAGCCCGGGGGAAAUAUAAUCGAGGGACAAGAGGCCAAUGACAAUGAUUACGAUGAAGAAGAGGAGGAGGAAGAAGAAGGCGAGGUGGACGAUGAUUACGAAUUUAAAAACGCUCAGCAAUAUACCCGUGCCAUGCUUGAUAUGAUCAUUAGUGUGAUUGGGGAAUUCUACGGACAGAGAGAUCUGCUUGAGUUUCGGGAUAUAUGGGAGGAAGACUUUGAUGUUGCGUGGUAGUUAGAUUUGCCCACGUUGAAAUUAACAAUAUUUUUCGCUGACAAGGGUGUAUACAAUGUAAGAUCAUCCGUCUAGUCUUAUAUUUUAACGAAUAUGGCCAUGCCAUAGUUCAUGCUGAUGGCUUGAGCUCAAGCAACGUUCCGAAGAGGGGUGGUGCUGCUGAUGAUUUGAAGCCUAAAUUUAUCUACGAAGGGAGUGAGGAAUGACGAAUAAGGGUAGCUGCGAAUAUUGAUGCCAAAGUAGCCCAAACCUAACGUCUCUAAAACGUCUCUAAAUAUGCAAGGCUAUCAUCAUAGUGGUAUCAAAGAAGCAGAAGAAAACAACGGGUAAUCAAUCGUGGUUACAGAACUGAGAAUGCUAGACAUCACAGAGCAAGGAUGUGAGCAAGACGAAUCGAGCGAAUACACCCAAACCACUCCGGCCAUAGACUCUAACUCCAGCCAAGGGGUCGCUCGUGGUAAACCAUCCUUUCAUAAAUAUCCCACAUUCAUUUUCCACUACCCCAGUUCUCAUUAUUUUUCUUCCGAAGCAUUCUUGAGCACUUGCGUCGUCAAAUCAUCUUGUACCCAUCCCUCGAUGCGAGCAGCUACAUCUCCCACUAGCCGAUCAUAUGCCGCGUUUCGAGAAACGAACAGGGACUGGUGAGCGGUAACUUCGUCUACUCCUUCCAUAUAAACCCGCACCCACAAUGGAUCCCGCUCACCAUCUGCUUCCCUUGGAGGGAGUGCACAGAAUUUCCGGUCUUUCUUGGGUUUGGAAGGAGUGCUUGGAUUGAUAUCAGGCGUGUUGCAGGCUGACUCAACCUCUUUGAUACCGUUUGGUAAGGCUCCGCUCGUUGGAGAUGAGUUGUAGUUGUAGUUAUGGUUGGUUGGAGAGGAUGUGGGAAAUAAGAUCUCUUUAUUUCUCUGCAACUGUUCCUUUUCCGCAGCUCGCUCCUGCUUGCUGGUGAGUUUUUUGUGAGCUUUCAUUUUCUUUUCCCUUUCUUUCACUGCCUUUUCAUACGUUUUCAUUUGGCGAGAGUGGUCUUUCUGCGCUUCCUUUAAGAGUGCCUUUGAACCGUACAGAGAAGGGUCGAACUCUGGCGGCUGGUUUGGCGGAGGCGGGAAGUCAGGAUAUGUAUCUUCCACUGGGGCCGUAUUGGUAUUUUCUGGCGGGCUGUGAGCUUGUUCUAUUACUAAUUGUAGAGUUUCUGGGCUGCCUUCUCCUUCAUUUCUUCCUUGCGAGAAGCCCAGUGAAUCUCCAGUCUUUUCCUCCGUUGGUCUUCGAGGAUCGACGGAUAAUGAUCUAACGUGGCCAGGCUCAGGGGAGGAUAUCGACCCCGGAGCCAUCGACCUGCCUUCCAGCCCGCUUGCAUUAGUUACACUGUCAUUGUUAUUUUCACUAGCGGGCGAUUUAAUUUUUCCUGUGGCAGCGGUAUAAUAGUUAACAAAUCUAAUACGGCGAAAUGGCCGGCCGCUGCCAUCCAGCUUUGGGUUGCACCCGUCAAUGUCUUCUAAUUCUCUCAGGCGCCUGUAUCGUCGCUUGAGACCAGGGUAGUCGGCGAUACACAAGCCAAACUCCACAUGCGAGGAAAUAUAUUUCCUAGUCGCAUCCACAAGCUGGUUGGAAUUUUUGAAUAUAAAAUUCAAGGCUCCAUCAAGUUGUGAUCGCUCUGUAAGUCGGAUGUCAUUUGGGAACAUCGGGUCGAAGUUAGGAUCAUGAGCGGAAGAAAUGUAGGGCGCCAUGAUGGAGGAGUCAACGGGAAAAGGCUGGUUCUGUGGGUCGUUCUUCUUCUUCUUCUUGUCUUUGGGUCUAAACAAACUCCCGAUGCCGCUGGCAACGACACCAUGAUGGAGGCCUAGGAAUGGGACGUCCAAGUUGAUAGUCCCCAUUAUGCGAUGCCUAAACAUUUCCAGGACCUGUGGAUCAGACGGCCCCAGGAGGGCAAUCUCUGCUGCAAGAAUUCCACCCAAGCUGUGUCCAACCAACACUAUGUCUGUAUUAGGGGAUUCAUGAGGUGUUAACCUAUCAAACUCAAGUGAUAAUUAGUGACAAUAUCCAUUAUCAAAACGAAUCGUAAGGAGUAGCCACUCA